AUGGAGAACACAUGGGGCGUGCAGCCUGCACUAUCGGGAAUGAACUUCUCAGCCGCUCCAGCAGCUGCCAUGUGGUGGGAUACGUGCCCCAUCGGCGCGCAACAAUUCUGGGGGUCAUCCAACGAGACACUCCCCACCCAGACUCACGAGCCCCUCGCCGAUGUGCUUGAGGAAAUCGGAAUUGGAUCCACAAACGGUUCCCAUACAGUUCUAGACAUCAAAGCCUUCAGAGAUUCCCUUGGAGGCCGCCCGAUCUACAGUCGUUGCAUGCUUCGCAACGCCGCAGAUCAACUGACUCGAGCUCGCUGCGGCCAGGACGUUACACUGUUGGAUUGCUAUGGCAAGCCUUUCUUCUUCCCAGGGGAAAAGUUUUCUUCUUUCGAUGAAGCUCCUGUCUUGUUCUACUCCGGAAUCCAUGAACUCGCCGAAAUCUUCCAAGCUGAUGACGUCCGCCCGGCGCUCCCACUCUUUCUAGGAUCUGGAGAACGUCAAGGAGUACGCCCCGAUCGCGUCGACACUAGGCAUCUAAAACCUGGUCUGGGGACUCUGGACGCUCCAGACAUUGCGCAAACUCGCUCGUUGGUGCAGCAUUUUACUGCUUCUUUUAUCGCUUACGAUCUCGAACAACUGUAUGAAGCAGAAGGCAUACCGCUCGAAAAUCCCAUCAAAAUUGUUGCGCAAGACCCUGCUUACACCUCCCUCGACCGCAUGACGCUUCAUUCGCUAGCAAAACCGAUUGAGGUAGUGAGCGAUCCUCAAGGCUUCUUGGCCAUUAACGAAGGCUCCCUUGUGUUUUCGAGCUGGCCUUCAGUUCCAGUCAAACAACUCAUAGCCGAUCUUGCGACCGAGCUACCGGAUGGCAAAGGCCCUGCUGCCCUAUUCUUGAACAACGACCGUAAGGACAAAGAUUUUGGCGACGUGGAUGUGGCCAGGUACGAUCUUCGUCAUUAUGGCCCUGUGCGUUACAUCAAUGCGGAAACAAAGGCGUACGUGGAAAUGCUUGAGUCCUAUACACGGGUCCUCGAUGGUGAACAACAGUUUGGCAUUGGUUUCGUGGGUAAGUUACCGGGUUUCGAGAGUUAUUUACCAGGUUUCGAGUGGUUCCCGGAUAUGGACAUGUGGGGUCGUGAAGAGUAG